UAAUCAACUGCUUGAAUAUACUACCAGCGCUGAUAACUGGCUGCCAACAAUCAGGACACUACAAUGGCUGUCAGCAAGAAAUCCAGAAAAAGUGAACCUUCGGCGGCUUUCACUGCAGCCGAUGGUCUCGUUCUCGAUCAGAGCGAAAUCAUGAGGGCCAUGUUGGCCGCUCAGAAGGGAAAGCAAAAAGAAGAGAGCGAGGGGAACGACGAAUCAGACGAAGAAGAUGAUGAUGUCUCAAAUGAAGGGGAAGACGAGGGAGAAAGUUCAGGCAGCGAGGCCGAAUCAUCGGUCGCUGCUCAACGGAAUCUCAAACGCCGGCGAUCUCUUUCAUUCGAGCUGGAUGCAGAGGGCGAAGAGGACAAAGAAAAUGAAGAAUCUGAACCACGGCCCCAGCCCAGUUCAGGAGCCGGCAUGCUUUCUCGUACGGCUUUAGCUACCAAGGAUAUGACCCCAAAACCCCGAUCUAAACCCCAGCCUAACGGUCUUGCGUCCGCAUCCAAACCUUCUGCCGACGUAACAUUCGAAAGUCUUGGUCUUUCACACCCCUUAAUCACUGCCUUAGCAUCUAUCAACAUCAAGAAACCUACGGAGAUUCAAGCAGCAUGCGUUGAACCCAUUCUUUCAGGGAGAGACUGCAUUGGUGGCGCGAAGACCGGUAGCGGUAAGACGAUGGCCUUUGCUCUUCCCAUUGUAGAGAGGAUUGCAAGAGAUCCUUUCGGAGUCUGGGCGGUUGUCCUCACUCCCACUCGAGAGUUGGCAUAUCAGCUCAGUGAACAAUUCCUCGUUAUUGGAAAACCCCUCGGUCUUACUACAGCAACCAUUGUGGGUGGUAUGGACAUGAUGAAGCAAGCACAGGAGCUUGAGGCUCGACCGCAUAUUAUAGUUGCGACACCGGGGCGACUCUGUGAUCUGCUGAGAAGUGGUGGUGUUGGGCCCGGAAAGCUCAGUAGAGUCCGCACACUAGUGCUGGAUGAAGCUGACAGGAUGCUCACCCCUUCCUUUGCCCCUGAACUUGCCUACCUUUUCUCUCAAAUCCCAGCCAAGAGGCAGACUUGUCUCUUCACUGCCACAGUCAGUGAGGCAAUCAUGGAGUUGGCCAACAAAGAACCCCCUGCAGGGAAACAACGACCAUUCGUUUAUCGUGUUGCGUCCGAUACUUUAACCGUCUCCAAUUUGAAGCAGAAAUACCUUUUCAUUCCCAGUCAAAUUCGCGAUCCUUACCUGCUUUACAUCCUUCAAAAUCCUCUAGAAGACAUAGACGUUGCCCUCCGCGUAGAUCCGAAAAAGGCAAAAGCCAGGGAACGAGAGGCGGCUCUUGGCAAGAAGGGCAAGAAGCCCAGACAGGCUAAAGAAGAAGAAGACGCUCCGUCGGUUCCAUCUACCGUCAUCUUCACCCAGCGAUGCGCCACUGCCCAUCUCUUACACCUACUCCUCAACUCUCUCGAUAUCCCAUCGGUGCCUCUCCAUUCUCACCUUACCCAACCUCAACGUCUUCUUUCCCUUGCCCGUUUCAGGGCACACGAAGUCCCUGUUUUGGUGACCACUGAUGUCGGAUCGCGUGGGCUUGAUAUCCCCGAAGUAGCUAUGGUCAUCAACUGGGACUGCCCCCGUCGGUCAGAUGAUUACGUUCAUCGGGUUGGUCGUACAGCCCGUGCUGGUCGAGGGGGUGUUGCUGUGACAAUCAUCACCGAAAGGGACACGGAGUUGGUCAAGAUCAUUGAGGAUGAGGUGAACGUCCGACUGGAAGAAUUGAAGUUGGAUGAAGACAAGGUGUUGGAAGGGCUAAACAAGGUGUCGUUGGCUAGGAGAAUGGCGACUAUGGAGAUGCAUGAUUCUGGUUUUGGUGAACGUCAGGCCACAAACAAGGCGAAGCAGAUCAAGAGGAUGAAGAGGGAUGCUGCAGCUGCUGGCAAGGCGUAGAUGAGGCUAAAAGGGCCAUAAUUAUCAUUUCGGUUUCCUUUCCCACGACCAUUUUGUAUGCAGCAUCUUUGAGCGCAGCCAGCCCGCAGCAGCCAUCAACUAAUCGUUCCUAAGUAAGAAAGAUAAGUAAGAAAGAUUCGAAAUCCU